AUGCUUUGUAGGGAAAACCGGAUUGACCCUAGCCAGCCUCUGGAGCAACGGCUGCAAUUUGAAGGCUGCAAGAGGAUCAAAGGCACAGGAGACUUCGAUCGGUGCUACGCCCUGGUUGAAAGAUUCAUUGUCGGGCCUAAAUAUCCCCUUCCAGCGAAUAUCGAGGCAGCAUCUUCCGGCUUUGAGUCUCUAAAGCAGGUCUUUCAGUUCGCGUCCACGAGUGCCGCAAUGGUGAUCACCGGGGGGGCAAUGGUAGGAAGUAUCCGCGUUCUGAAAAGGGCUAACCUUCUAGGCAGCUCUUUUUCUGGCGACCCUCACGAACUUGAAAAAGCGGCGCGGAUAUUCUGCGGUGCGUCAGUGAAGGUAGAGGACGGAAAAGGCGCCGCAAUUCAUCUCCCCAAUCACCACGAGAAGCUUGGUGUGUGGACGUACGAUAUUUGCAAAGUCAUCGCGAUGAAUGUCGCCCUAGUCAAGCACAUGAUGGCAGCCGAAAAGCGACCGGCGUCGAUUAGCUGGGAGAAGAGCGUGAAGAACGACGAAGGCGUAGAAGUUGCGGAUCUCGGCUGGCACGUUGGAGCCAUCUUGCAGCAGAUUCUUGAUGUCGAGAAGUUUGGCCGCAUGGCAUAUGAGUCCGGAUGGACUUACAAUUUGUGA